AUGUGUAAAAACCUUAUUUCAGAUUGUGUUUUGAUACCAUCAAUUAUUUCCAAUAGCAAUUCAGUUUUUUAUGGCGUUAAACCUAAAGCUUGGACGAAUGAUGAAAUUAUAAUAGAUAUAGCAAAAGAUCAAUCAGACUUUGAUCUAAAAGAUAAUAAAGAUGAGGAUUCUGAUGACGAGAUUGAUGAAAGUGAUAAUAUAACAGAACAAACUACUCAAGAUACUGUCCUCAAAUGGUGCAUAAUCUACACUGACGGAAGAAAAUCUAUGACUAGUGAAGCUGAUAAUUUACUAAUUCAUUUGGUGAUUAUUUCAACGACGCAACAUGGAAUACCUUCACAAACUAUGCCGAAGAGGUGA